GAUACUCUCGCAUCCCUAACAAAAAAUAAUCUUAAAGAAAUAAUAAUAAGGAAAGGAGCGAAAAAAUUCGAAUCAAUUAACGAAGUUAUUGGGAAUAGAUAAUGGCUGACAAUGAUUUAGAAGCUGUACGAGCUCAACGGUUAGCCCAAUUACAAUCGCAAUAUGCUGGUGGGCACAAUGCACCGGAUAAGCAGAAAGCUCAGGAAGAACAAAUGCGUCAACAAGAAGAGAUAAAAAAUACUAUACUUUCUCAGGUGUUGGAUCAACAGGCCAGAGCCAGACUAAAUACUUUAAAGAUUAGCAAGCCCGACAAAGCCCAAAUGUUUGAAAGCAUGGUUAUACGUAUGGCACAGAUGGGUCAGAUUCGCGGCAAACUAGAUGACGCACAAUUUGUUCAUAUUUUGGAAAAUGUUAAUGCCCAGAUGCCACAGAAUAAAAGUACCGUUAAAUAUGACAGGCGCCGUGCUGCAAUCGAUUCUGACGAUGAUGAUUACGGUUGCUGAUUUUUCAAGAAUUAUUUAAAAACUGGAACGUAUUUUUUUUAAUCUUCUUAACGUUUUCUGAAUAUUUUUGGUAUAUUUUU